AUGGAUAUCGCGCCGGAAAAACAGCAGCGAGUCGGUCCCUGGAGGCGUCACUUAGGGGUUUCGUCGAAGACGGCGGUCAUGGCAUCGGCCGCCGCCCUAAUCGUUGUUGGCCCACUGCUCUGCCUGAUGGGGAUCAGCUUCGCGGCCACCGUGGCUCUGCUCCUCGUUGCCUCGCCGUUGUUCCUUAUAUUCUUCCCGGUGCUGUUUGGGGCGGCGUGCGUGUUCGGGCUGGCGAUGCUCGGAUUCGCUGCCGCUGGGGCCAUGGCGGUCGCGGGUAGGUUUGUGGUGGCGUGGGUCCUCCGAUCGGCCGCGGACGGGAGGAGGGACGGCGACGGCGUGGAGAGGGAGAAAGGGACUGAUUGGGCUGGGUAUAUUCAGCUGGGGCCCUAUCAUGCCACCCACACUCAGCAAUAG